AUGACAUCCCGUGAACCGUACCACGUUCACUCCCUCAAGGCGCACAUUGCCAACACGAAAAAGGGCGUCAAGGCCGUAGCCGACAAGUUGAAGCCCAGCACGACGUCCUCCACCAAGAAGAGUGCGCCGGGAAAGGCAGCCAACGGCCUCUUCGACAACAAUGACGACGACGAGGACGACAGCUCUUCCUCUGGCAGCGACAGCAGCGACGAUGACGAUGACGCCAAAGACUUCUUGAGCAAGCUGGCCACGGCCAAGAAGGCCAACGCGUCUGGUUCCAUAAACACCGCUGACACUGCUGCUCCGUCUUCCAAGCGUCGCGGCAAAGAUGAGGAGAUUGCCGACAGCGAUGUCGAGCGCCAAUCGUCUGCCGCAAAGAAGAAGGGCAAGAAGAAUGGCAUCGCUUCUACCACCACCACCACUACCGCGACAACCUCAGCCACCUCUGACAGCUCCAGCUCCAGCUCCAGCUCCGAAUCGGAAUCAGAGGUCGAUGCGAAAAAGACCGAGAACACCAAGGCCAAGGCCAAGGCUGCCAGCAGCGACAGCGGCAGCGACAGCGGCAGCGACAGCGGCAGCGACAGCAGUAGCACCAGCGAGGACGAGUCAGACAGCAGCGAGAGCGAGAGUGAGGCACUGGAAAAGGCCAAGGCACCUUCCAAGGCCAAGACGAGUCCCACAAAGACAAAGAAACAGCUCGAGCCCGAGUCCGAGUCUGCAUCCGAGUCCGAGUCGAGCGAAGAGUCGGGCGAGGAAGAGGAGAGCAGCAGCGAAGAGGAGGAUUCGGAACCGGAGCCGGAGCCCAAGAAGACCAAGGCCAAGGCCGAGCCCGCCCCCGAGAGCAAGCCUGUGGCCAGGCCCAAGGCUGCCACCACAAACGGCACGGCGUUGAGUAAGGAGACGGUAGAGGACAGUUCGAGCUCAGACGAUGAUGACGAGGACGAAGACGAGGAGAUGGACGACGAGUCCAUGCACAUUGAGGCGCGCAACAGGGUCAGCGGAACGACCCCUCAGUUCAUCGCCCCGGACUUCACCCUUUGCAAGGGUGACGGCAGCCUCAACGGAGAGGACGUGGCCCGCAUCUGUAACCAGGCCAACCUGGACGGCAAGCAGCUGUGGUACUUUACCGUGCCGGCCAACGUGCCCGUGUCGGUGGUGCAGAGCAUGCAGGUCCCCAUGGAUCAGAGCCAGAGGGGCGAGGCAGUCCUGUCACACAACGGGGAGCAGUACGCCAUGGCCUUUGACGACGUGACGCCCAAGACCCCCCGUCGAGUCGACCACGUCAUGCACGUCAAGCGCAUCACCCAGGCAGGCAGCCUGCCUACAGAGGGUCCGUCCGCCGUGACACCGGCCCCUCCACCGCCCGCCCGACCGCAGCCCGAGGGUCUACGCGCGCGUUUCACACCGCUCGGUGUCCCCACCACUCCCCAUGUGACGUCGGAGGACGUCGAGAUGGGCGAGGCACCCGUGCCUAAGAAGUCGAAAAAAGCCGCCACCGAGACCAAGCCUGCCAAGGAGAAGAAGUCGAAGAAGUCGAAGAAGACGGAUGAGGAUGAGACGGACAAGUCGUCAGCAGCAGCCCGCAAGAGGAAGAUCGACACGUCGGACGAGGACGCGGCAGCAGCGGCAGAGCAGCUGAUGAUGGAGAGUCUGAGUCAGAGUCAGAAUCAGAGCCAGUCGGCGGACUGCAAGGAAAAGACCACCAAGUCUACCAAGAGCAAGAAGCAAAAGACGGAUCGCGAGGGAAGUCUCGAUCUCGGAUCCGACAGUACGAAGAAGAAGGAGACGCCCAUCCCCCCACCGGCGGUGCCAGGCAUGGUCACCCCCAAGAAGUUCACGCCAGUCCCGCUGCCUAGCUUCCCGGGCUCCUCUCAGACCGUCGCCGGUGCCGUCACCGCUCCGGUCGCGUCAUCUCAGCUGGAGACGCCCGUGCCCGCUGCGGCGGCGAAGAAGUCUGGCAGGUCGAGGGAGAAGAAGAGCAAGAAGAGUGCUGCAAAGUCUUUUGUCGGUGACGGCGAGACCGUGAGCUAG